ACGCCCCCUUCACGCCCCCUGCUGUCAGUCGGAUUUUUUACACUCCUCACACCGAGGUAAUGUAGUACAGCAUUUAGGGGAUGGAGUAAAGGAAGGACAGUAUGGAUCCCAUUGAAGAGAAAACAAGUAAAACGGUCGACAUUUAUCGCGACACAUGGGUCCGCUUCUUAGGCUAUGCCAAUGAGGUUGGGGAGGCUUUUCGUGCUCUAGUGCCUGUGAGUUUUGUAUGGGGCAGCUAUGCUGUGGCCACUGCAUAUGUUACUGCUGAUGCUGUGGACAAAGGGAAGAAAGCAGCUGUGGCUCAUGGGGACAACCCAGGGAAGACGACGCGGGUAGCGGUGGCGGUAGUAGACACGUUUGUGUGGCAGGCCCUGGCCUCUGUGAUCAUCCCGGGCUUCACCAUUAACCGUGUGUGUGCUGGGUCAUUAUACCUGCUGGGCAGAACAACCAAAUGGCCCCUGCCUGUCCGCAAGUGGACCACCACAGCUAUAGGCCUUUCGACAAUCCCCUUCAUCAUUACUCCUAUAGACAGGUCAGUGGAUUUCCUCCUGGACUCGAGCCUUCGGAAGGUCUACAAUGAGGAAGAGAAGCACAAAUAAAGAGGGUUCACGCAGGACAAAUGGUCCUCUCCUGGGCAGAGACCAGUCCAGUCUGUGUAGACCUGUGCUGAUUAUUCACCACUGUGAAACGCUAAAGAAGUGUGAAGAAGCAUUUCAUGGAGCUCUAGUUAGUCAGUAGAAUAAGAUUAAAUUUGUAUAAAAAAAAAUAUAUAUAUAUAUAGAAGUAAGUUAGAAGUGAAAUCCUUCUUCGUGAAAUAAUCUGAAUUUUAAACCUCUCAGGGCAAUCUGGGUAACGACACCGAAAAAUGUUUAAACGGGAAUCUAACAGUAUAAAAAACGUAUAAAUAGUGAAAUCCUACUUCUACAGCAGGGGGGCAGAGUGCUGUUCUAUUCCUCCAAUCUUUCUUACAAGGUUGCCCUCAUGGCUUAGAGUUGUGGGCUGUGGCUCACCUCAUGUCCAGAUGUCAAGGAGAUUAACUACAAAUCACACUCUCUGUGUUAAUAGCCAUAUUCAGUGGUACUGUAAAGAUGAAAGCCAGUUCACCAUCUUAGUCAUUACUUAAAUUCAUUCUGAGAACAAAGGUGUCAGUUACUUGGAAUAGAUGUUUCUUGUUGUCUUGUUUCAAUCUACCUUAUUGUUGGUCACAGGAGCCAAGAUUUGCACAAGGAGCAUUUUUACACUGUGGUUACAAUCUGUAUUACUCUUCAUAGUUAUGAUAUUUGGUCCUCUUAAACUAAGAAUACUUGUAGUAGCAACAAGUCUUGUGCGGUGAAUCUCACAAGUAUUUGAAUUAUUUCUCAGCAAUAUCUUAACUGUCUGUAGUCAGACAUAUGUAAUGUACAAUACUGUAAGUUCUUCAGUCUGAAAAUGUUAGACUAUAACCAAUUGAAAACAGUCUUUCUAGCAUCUGAAGUCAAGAUGUUUUGACUCCACUUUGGCUCCAGAUGAAUCUGAGAAAAGAUGGUAUGAUCAGAGUUUGCAAUAUCAUACUUCUCUAAGCACGCUUUAAGCUUUCGGUGUACAGUUUUAAAAGGUUUUCUAUCUUGAUGCAGAAGAGUAUAGAUAAUAUUGAAUUUAAUGUAAAGGUCGGGAGCGUACCUAUGCAGGGAAGGGUUUAAGGGAUUACUUCAGAAAUCUAGAUAUACUGUAUAUGUCUAUAUAUAUAUUAGGCUUUUCUUUGCAGGCCAAGUAAAAUUCUGUAUCUCAUGCUGAACUAUGCAAGGGAAGCAGAUCAUAUGUGGGCUUUGCAAACUGCAGGGAUUGUUCUGCCACUUUAAAAGUACAGUUACAUAAUGUUAAAAUGUUGUCAAAUAAAAAGGGAAGUCUUGAUAUGAAACGUAGCUUUAAAUUUGGAUGAGCUGUCACAAAGACAAAGAGGAACAUACUGUGCUGAGAAUGGUUAUCAUUGCCAAUCAUUGUGCCAUUUCUAGCACCAACCUUUUGUUUAAUGUGUUUGUGUCACACCUCGUUCUCUUUGCUGUGAAGGAUGUGGUUCACUUCGGCAUGCUGAAAGGAAACAUUGUAAGAACUUGGGAUGCAUCAACUAUCAUUUUUAGUGUGCACUGAUGCAACCUUUUUGACCCAUAAGGUCAUUCAAACGAUACUUUUUUAUUGGCUUUUUAAAGAGCUGAACCACGUAUGCUCUAAGGUUCCAGUGUGUGCAGUGUACCUUAGGAUGUUUUUCAUUCACUAAAAGCACACAGCUUACUUUACGUGUACGGUUACAGAGAAUCUGACUCGUCAUAGCAGGAAAAGCACAGGUGUAAGUAACAGAGGUGUCAAAGUCUAAUGUUGACGCAUUCAAUGUCCCAGUAAGCCAUCACAGUCAUCAAUGUUGAAUAAGAACGAGGCCAUCGAACUGGGACCCUAAAUGUAAUGCACACAUGAUAAAUGUUAUUUAUCAUACCUGUAUUUUUAUGCAACACGUCAAAUUGUCUGCACUUGAAAAACAUAUUGGUGCAUCCCGAGUCAAAAUCUAUAUAUUCAUAUUAAAUUUUAACAUUUCAAAUUGUACACAGAAUUUCAUUGUAUUUUUAUUAUUGUGUGCUGCAAAUUAAAAGAAACGGUUUACUUUUUUUUUUAUUUUACUUUUUUGACAUUUUUCAUAUAGAGUGGGUUUUAUGAGUCACAUUUUCAGCCUUAACUGAAAAAAAACCUCAAACUUUGUUCCAUAAGCUUGAGGGUGGAGAUUAUUUUUUUCAAAUGUGAAAGCGACUGUUGAAAGCUGAAACUUCAUUACAAUGGACACCUUAAGUUCUGUAACGACUUCUGGAACACUGGAGAAAAAACAACAACUUGUGAAUCUAUAGUGAAAUAAAUUCUAUAAUGACAAGCA